AUGCCCUCCAGCUCGCACUCCACCAGCCCGUCCAACUCUACCGGCAACUCAAGCUCUUCACGCUGGAGAGAACGCCUGCGCCUGCGCUUCCGCCGCCGCCAGUACACCUCUCUCAGCCCUGACGGCUCGACACCCAGCCCCUCCAAUGCCUCCACGCAAACUGGCUCCGAAACACGGCACCAUGCGGACGACACCAACUCACGUCUCGAGGAAGAAGACAUCUGGGUGGACCGGGAUACACUGAACUCGCAGGAGCUUCUGGAGUCGAAUGAGGGUCACUCCAAGGACCUCCACCGCAAGGACGAGGACGCCCUUCCCGAAAACCUCACCGUUAACGAGAUGACCUGUGUCGAGGGCGCCGUGGAGGAAGACCAGUCUCAACGGUCCAAACUCACACAAACGCAACAAGCUGCCCAGAAGGAAGACAGAGACCAUGCUGAAGAGCAACAGUCUGAGCCUCAUCCAAACAGCACCAGCCCACCUCAUCCGCCGAUCCCAAACAGAAAGCCCUACCGCUGCCGGAUCUGCGGAACGACAUAUUACGCCCAGAGCCAGACCCGGGGAUUGUGCUAUAUCUGCGCAUGCACGCUCUCCCUGUAG